AUAGUUUUCUAAACCAAAAUUCGUCUGCAAAAACCUACAGAAUGCCUAAAACCGGAAAGUUUAUUAUCAAUAGUGCAAAAGAGUAUAAAAAUCGGAGCAUAGAUAAUAGAUCUGAAAUUAAUAUAAACGUGCCGACACUUGCACAACGCCUGGAGUUCAGUAUUGCAGUCUUAAAUCGACUUCUCAUAGGCUUUGUUACUUUUUACAUGUGCUGGAUGUGCCUGAGGCUAAAAGUGAAAGAAAUCCCAUUUCAUGCAUUGUUCUGUACUGUGGGUUUUGUAUUUUUAAUGGCUGAGGGUUUGAUGGCACAUUAUCGUAGUAACGCUUGGUCACAGUUAUGCUAUCGACCAGAGAAAACGCGAUUACAUUGGAUACUACAACUCAUUGGGUCAAUUGUGGGUAUAAUAGGCAUCGGUAUAAAAAUAUGUCUGGAGAAUAAACAUUUCUAUACAAUACAUGGAGUAUUAGGUUUAGUGACUUUAAUUUUAUGCUUAGUUAGUCUCGCUAGCGGACUAAGCUCUUUAUACGCUAAUGAACUGAAGCAACGCCUACAGCCAAUAAUCAAUAAAGCAGUCCAUAAUGCACUGGGUUUAUGCACCUUCACAUUGGCCAUGUUAAGCAUGUACUACUCAUUCGAGACCGAAAUAUUUAUGGAUUAUUCAUUAGACGCAGCGAAUUAUAUGGAUUUUCGCUUACUUAUGCAAAUCAUGAUUUGCUUAAUACUGAUCUUAAGCAGUUAUGGACCACUGUGGUGUUUUCUAUAUAGUAAAAUAUGGAAAUGUUGCUAA